UGGAAAGAGGUUAAUUUUUAAUAUUAAUACCUGUCUGCAAAAACCCCAACAAAACCCCAAAUCCGAAGAAAGAGAAAUAGAACAAGAAUGGCUUCCACGACGGAGCCAACGGACUCCUAUAAACCCUACCGCCUCAAGCACACUCUCUCCGGCCACAAACGCGCCGUCUCCAGCGUCAAAUUCUCCGAGGACGGCCGUUUCCUGGCCUCCUGCGCGGCCGACAAGACCGCUCGCACGUACUCCCUCUCCUCCCCCGACACCCCCCACAACGAGUUCCAUGGCCACGAAGCCGGCAUCUCCGACCUGGCCUUCUCCUCCGACGGCCGCUUCCUCGCCACCGCCUCCGACGACCGCACCGUCCGCCUCUGGGACGUCGCCACCGGCUCCCUCGUCAAAACCCUCACCGGCCACACCAAUUACGUCUUCUGCCUCAAUUUCAACCCGCAAUCCAACAUGCUCGCCUCCGGCUCCUUCGACGAGACCGUCCGCAUUUGGGAUGUCAAGUCGGGGAAGUGCCUCAAGGUGCUCCCCGCCCACUCCGACCCCGUCACCGCCGUUAAUUUCAAUUUGGACGGAUCCAUGAUUGUUUCUAGCAGCUACGACGGCCUUUGUAGGAUUUGGGAUGCUUCCACGGGGCAUUGUAUGAAGACUUUGAUUGAUGAUGAGCAUCCGCCCGUUAGCUUUGCUAAGUUCUCUCCCAAUGGCAAGUUUAUUCUUGUUGGAACUCUCGAUAAUACAUUGCGGCUCUGGAAUUUUUCUACUGGGAAAUUUUUGAAAACCUACACGGGCCAUGUCAACUCGAAGUUCUGCAUCUCUUCAACAUUUUCUAUAACAAAUGGGAAAUACAUAGUGAGUGGAUCCGAGGAUAAUAUGGUGUACUUGUGGGAGCUCCAGUCUCGGAAGAUAGUACAGAAGCUGGAAGGUCAUACAGACGCGGUGAUAUCCGUAUCAUGCCACCCAACCGAAAACAUGAUAGCAUCGGGCUCUCUGGGAAAUGACAAAACAGUGAAGAUCUGGAGCCAAGAGGAGGAUUGAUAUUUGGUGGUAUGAUCCUAUAUCACUUUUGAGACAACUGUAUUAUGAUGUGAUCUAUAUUGAAGCAAUUCUUUUGUGUUGUGAACACUAGUGAAAACUCUACCUAAUGUAUCGAAUCACCGUUGUGCUAAAUUAAUUUGAAUUUCGAGUUAAGUUUCA